GGCCGCCAGGUGACAGUGUGGCUGGUGCGUCACUUGGCCGAGGAAGCACGCCGGGCAGGGCCACACUCUCCUCCCUCCCCCGGUCCCCUGACUCGUCCCUGGUGGCACUUCUCGAGGCUGGAAGAGAGCAAGAGGGCGAGCGAGGAUGGCGUCUCGCGACGGGCCCAUGGUGGCGGGCACGGACGGCACGGACUUCAUCCACAGGGAGACCGUGGCUUCCCAUUACCAGAUUAGCUGGCCUCUCAAGAAGAAAGUGUCAGAAGUUGUGCUGAACAAAGGACGGCUAAGAAAAUGCGUGUUUUCACACCUCCUCCUGGCCCUCCUGAUGGUGGUGAAGAUGGUUCCGGACUUUCUCGACAGAUUGGACAUAUUCGUCCUAGAAAUUGAGGAAUUAGAAGUUCCACAGCCUCUCAAAUGGGAAUACGUGUGGCUUGUAGGAUCCCUUGCCAGUUUCCUAGGCUUGAUGGCGAUCAGAAAAAACAGAGUAUUGCUUCUACAGAUAUACUUUGGUCUUAUCAACCUCUUCUCAACGGUGCCCAUUCUCUUGGCUGCCAUGAUCUAUUUCUCCGAAUUCCUUAAGUACUGCACUGAGGAGGAGCCUGCAGGUCUACAGCUGUGGCAGGGAUAUCCUGUUGCUGUCCUAUGGUACAGCUUCAUCAUGAUAGCAAUGCAAGUCCAUAUCUUCACCCUCAUUUUCGCAUGGAAGCUCAUUCUGGCAUGGAAGAACCGUGGAGCAGCAAAGAAGGGACAAUAGAUCGACAAAUCAAAAUCACAUAUUGCUAUACAACCUGAGAUUACAUAAGCAAGCAAUAUCGCCAUUAUUGGUGCUUCUGUAAUUCCUCGUCUUUACAUUGUUGGCUGCUUGUACCACAGUAUGUGUAUCCUAGAUUAAUUUUUCUGAGUGGAUACAGCUGUGUUGUAUUAGCAGACAGUGUACUUCAUAUGCAAUUUUGUUUUUGUUUUUCUCUUCUUUUUUAUGUAAAUGUGUAACUUUUAUCCAUGGAAAAUUUAAAUUGUUUUAAAAUUGCUGUGUUGCAUCUCGUAAUGGGAUAUAAUCCUUUUUUCUUCUUCUUUUUUUAGUUUUUUUUUUUCAUGCAAUUUGAUAUUAGAAAAAGUAUUAAAUUUUGUUUCUUAUUGCUCUUUACUACAACAGUUGUUUAGGAGAUAGCCAAAUUUAUAAUUGUUACAGUAGGAAAAAAGGGGACGAACUGCGAAUUAAGUCUCCAUUUCUACAACUGGAAAUGCAUUUGUACAUCUGAAUAAUGUACAGCUGACUGAACAUCUAUUGUAGUAAAGGCAACUUCACUGGGAGAAAGGUAUUCUUUUCAUCAUGGUUUUCUUUCAUUUUUUCUUUCUCUUUUAUUUAUAUGUAUAUUUGUUUCUCCAGUCUUCAUUAUAUGUUUUUUCUUAUGAUAUUAUUUUUUAGAAUUAAAAGUUGCCAUUAUACUGUAUUGAAAUGUUGAUUGUUCAAGUGCUUUGGUCUGUUAAAUAAAAAAACAAAAACUUUUUUUUUCUCUCUUUUUUUUCAAAUUCUAGAAUAUGAGGAAGCUGCACAGGGUAAAAUGUUGCAGAAUGACAUGUUGAGCGUUUAAAAAAUUGCGGUUGUAGAAUAGCAUUCAUAUGAUGAGAACUUGUAGUUUUAUAUCAGAAAUAAAAGUGACAUUUCCGUGAUAUUUUUACAAUGAUGCUUCACCUGAACAAAGUAUCCAGUGUAGCUUUUUUCAGACGUUUCAUAAUAUCCUCACCUUGUUAUUGUUAUCUUGAUGAUUGUUAAUUUUCAUAUGUAUUUCCUUGUUAUUGCAUUUCAAAACAUAUCAUUAUUUUUUUUUCUCUUUUUUUCUUUUUCCCCAUUAGCAUAAUUGUGACAUCUCUUCAUACCAGUAAAAAUCCAUCAUCUAAACUAGAUUUUAUUUGUGCUUUUUCACUGUGAAUAUCUUUCAUGCCCAUCCUCUUCGCACACGAGACGACAGAGGGAGCAUUUCAUUAACACAUAAAGAAAAAAAAUGGAGUUUUGCCUUUUCUCUAUCCUCCUUGUUUUUUUCUGUUUUUUUUGUAAUGUGCCUUCCAGUUAUGUGAAUUCAUCUAGGCCUUUUUUUUUUUAAUAUAUAUACAAAGAAAGAAAAUGGCCUAUUUCUAUGCCAUGUCUGGUAACAGUGCCAAAUACUUGGGCAUUGUCUCAUUGCCAAGUAUUUUUAUGACCUCCCCUUUUAUAAUGAUAUCACAUACUUGAGUGUUUCUGUUAGGUUGGUAAUUGUUAACUUUUUGGAUAGUCUAGCUCCUUUUUGUGAAAUAUGCCGUCUUACCAUUUGUUGUUUUUACUUGAAUGUUGUCGAUUCGAUCAUGGAUUUUCAUACGUUGUCAUUUUACGUUACGGUUGAUUAUUGGGGUAAUGUCUUGGUUUUGUUUUUACCUCUUUGUCUUAAUCUUUUCUCUUAUUUCUUCUUUUUUUUCCAUUCUUUCUCUAACUUUGGUAACAUGGAUGUAUUUUCUUGUCUAUUUGUGAAUGUGAUAUUCUAAGCUCUCAAUUGCUUUUGACGAAGAACACAAUUUGCAAUUAGGAAUUAACUGGAUCACAUGCGAUACCUGAAAGAAAUUUGUUACAAAGAGAACUAUUGUGUGUUGCCCUAGUUCCAUUAGACGUUCACGUGUCCAUCCUUCAUGCAUGAACAUUUUCUCCUCGUUAGUGAAUAAAGACUCAUGUUUAGACAAAUAAGUAAUACUAUUACCUAUAUUUUCCCUGACAUUUGAUAAACUUUUGUGUACGUGUAUUUUGCAAGUCAAGAGGAAUAAUAGUUUCAUACUAGGAACUAUAGGAAAUUUAUUUUCAGAUGAAAUCCUUGAGAGGGGGAUGUACGUACUUUUUUUUAUCAUAUGUAAAUAUCAAGAAAAUGGCUACCAAAGAAAAGACAUUUUUUUCAUGAUUACUUUUAUGCAUAUUAGAGACCUGUUUAGAAUCAGUAUAAAAGCAUAAUUCACCGACUAUCUGAACAAUCAUGUACAUACAAAUUAAUGGUGCCUGUUACAAAACUUAGUAUGUAUGUUGUGAAAUCAGAGAAUAGAUAACUAUUGAAAUAAUAGGCAUAAUUUGAACAUGGAUACGAAGCCAGAAAAGAUGGAGAGCUGCCAGGAUAAUAUAUUCAGAUCUCAUUCCUAAUGUGUUCAUAUAUUUUUAAGUUAACAAGCUGUGUUAUAGAGAGCAGAAAAUGAGAACGCACAAAGAUAUGAUCUUGAUACUAUAUAUGAAUUAGUAGGAAAUGCCAUUUAGAGAACAUAGGAUAAUUUUUUUUCAGUCGAGUUCUUCAAAAGUUAUAUUGUUGCAACUUAAAUUAUAAUGUGACAUUUAUAGACUGGAAAUGUACCAUGAAGCCAUGUUAAGUACUUAUACCAGUAUUGUUCACAGGGUUCUGAAGGUAUAUUUUUUUUCUUAUCUGAUAUAAUGAUGUGAACUUAAAAGGUUUUAGAAAUAAAGUUUAUGAUGUAUGAAAUA